AUAUGCGCAAAGAUUUGCUCUGUUGAACACCGAGUUUACAUUCACGCCUUUUUUUAUAACUGUACGGUCGUUCAGUGUGAGGUUCGAAUAUCUCGAGAUCCUUAAGUACAAAGAAUGACGAAGUGGUGAAAGUGUUUCAGAAGCAAAAAAAAAUUGUACAUAUUAACAUCAACAAGUUACCAACGAAAACAGAAAAAUGAAAGGCGUUAUAACAUUUUCAUUAUGUUUACUCGCAAUUUUCGUUAAUUGUGAAAAAGAUAUGACAAGAAAAAGUAUUAUAUACGAUAAAAAUACACCAGAUGUUUUUUAUUGUCCAAUUCAUAAGUAUACGGGACUUGACAAAAUGAUUGUUAAGGCAAGACCUCUUAAAAAGUUGUGUGAAUUCGAAGGUAAACCACUACCUGAAGAUUACAAAAGUGAUUGUUAUCAAAAUGUUGAUGAAUCUAAUUAUGCCUGCAAAGAAAAAUACAGGAUAAUGAUGCGAAUGCACCCACCAGGUUCAGAUUCUCCAUUUGAUGGUAAGCGAAUGGCUCGUUUCACAGAUGUUGAUAAAGAGUAUUACAUUAUGAAAAUGGACAAUAAAUUCGCCGAUUCCAAACUAGUUGCAGAAAAUAGGAACAUCAGAGUAAAAAAACGUUUAAGGAAAAGACUAACAACCAAAUUUUAGUUACUCAUCGUCUAUUAGUCCAGUAAACUAAAGAUUUGUAUUACCAUCCAAAAGACAAGCCUGCAUUUUACUUAGUAAAAAAUAAAUGUUUCUCUAAAUGUCUCUAAAAAAUAGAAAUAUAUGAAAAAAGUUCCAAACAAAAAUAAUAUUAAAAUUUUCUAUACAAUUGCCCCUUUAAUCAUUUUUGACGUAUUUUCAAUAAGAAUUUGAUAAAAAAAUCGGAAAUUUUGGACAAGAAUAUUAAAAAGUAAAGGAAUUGAAGAGGCAGUUAGAUAGACAGAUUGUAGAAACAUAGACAAAUAAAAGAUAUAAACUGAUAAAUAGAAAGACAUAAGGAAGAAACACAGACAAAUAGAGGAAUAAAAGGGGUAGACAGAUAGAUAAAUAUUGUAGAAACAUAGACAAACAGAGGUAUAAAAGAUAGAUAGAUAGAAAGAGAAAGAAUUAGACAGAAAGACAGGGAUUGAAUUUUUCCUAUUAAUUUUUUUAAAAAGACAAUAUUUAUAUCCCUAUAAAAGUUUACAAUCACCGAAGAUUUUAUUGUUAUAUAUGUUCACAACUUAAUAACUUAAUAAAAAAAUAUAAUGUUACCUCAAUCUUCUUUUUCAUAUAUUUAUUAUAAUUUUGAUAUAUUUUCAAAAAAGUUGUUUUUUAGUACUUUUUAAUUAUUUUUCAUCCCCAUUCGGUAGAUUUGAGCUACACAAUCUUUUAAAUAUUUUAUGCUAAAACCAACUCACAUUAAAAAAUGCAGUUUUUUCUUUCGGGUAGUGGUAUACAAGGUAAAUUUUUCAAAAAUUAAUAAAACCGAUAUUGAGAUCAAAAUUUAAUAUGAAAAAUUGAAAUAUUAAUCAAUUUGUAAUUGUAAGGACUCACAAGUUAACACAUCAUACAUUAUGCAUAUUGAAAAUAUGGAGAUUUACAGUCUUAUAUUAACUUACUAAUAGCAACAAAAGAUUUCGAUAAUUUAAUGUAGAUUUAUUGUUAUUAAAAUUACUGUAAAUUUUAUAAUAAAAUUUAUUUUACUAGAAAUGUA